UUAAAUCGCAUACCCGCAGUUAAUGUUAAUAAAUUAUUUAUACUAAGUGUCAGGCGUUGAUGCUACAUAUAACAAUUUCAUUUUUUAAUUUAUUUUUAUCGGUACGUGUUUUUGUAAAAUAGUGUACCGUUGACACCCCCCAUGCUAGUACGUGCCACUGUUGGAACUGACCAUUUGAAUUCGGGGGGUAAACAUUUGACACAAUUCAAUCUUUAGCGCAAUGCCAACUCAUCUUCAUCAAGAUAUAAUGAAUUUAAAAUCGCGAAUAUAUUCACACGUGUUUUAAAUACACACAUUCUGGUGUGAUACGACUUUGUUUUGAGGUGCGUCACCCCUUUCGUUGUUAUGGACUCUUCCUGUCACUUCCUUGUUCGAACUUUUGUUUUGGGGAAAGCUUGGGCACAAGUUUCGUGAGACUGCUACUACUCCUCAUUUAUUCUAUGGGAAAUGUCAACGCCAUGACCGACAAUAAUUGCACAAGUUGGUCGGUAGAAGGCUUAACUAUCACCGCGGUCGCGUGUCGAAGAACCUCGCUAACGUUGCUGUGAGGCUCCGCAUAGGGGGUGAAGAAGAUGUCCUCGGCUAAUGUUAGCGAAGACAUCCGAAUGGACUUCCCGCUGCACUCUUCAGUUUGGGAAAAUAAUUACAGGAAGCUGGAGCAGCAAAUUAUACUGCCACAGAAUGACAUUGAGACUGUGGAUCCCAGAGGUCGGACACCUCUCCACCUGGCCGUGUCACUCGGACACAUGGAGUCGGUGAGAGUUCUGCUGAGACACGGAGCUCAAGUCACGAAAGAAAAUGACAACAAUUGGACAGUGCUGCAGGAAGCCGUCAGCACGGGAGACCCAGAGAUGGUUCAGGUAGUUCUUCAACGGAGGGACUACCUCAAAGCGUCGACUGCUUUGGAAGGAGUACCUGAGCUUUUGUCAAAGAUUCGAAAGUCUCCUGACUUCUAUAUGGAAAUGAAGUGGGAAUUCACCAGCUGGAUCCCUCUUGUGUCCCGGGUUUGCCCGAGCGACGUUUGUCGCAUUUGGAAAAGCGGAGCGAGCCUUCGCGUGGAUGCCACUCUUCUCGGCUUCGAGAACAUGACGUGGAUCCGAGGGCGAAGGAGCUACAUUUUCAGAGGAGAUGAUUCAUGCGCAGAGUUGAUGGAGGUGAACCACGAUGAUCAAGUGGUGGACACCGAGCGUUUCAUGAUCUCGCAAGAGAUGGAGGACGUCACGCUGGAGUCAAUGCAGCCAGCAGAACAGGAAGUGGCCAAAAGGCUGACCACGCCGAUCGUCAACACCUACCUGGACACCAAGGACAUCGCUUUUGAGAGGAACAAAUCUGGGAUUUGGGGCUGGAGGACAGACAAAACCGAAGUCGUCAACGGAUUUGAAACAAAGGUUUUCAGCGUGAACAAUGUGAAUGUGGUCAUCAGGACAAGGACUGAACAUCUUACAAAUGAGGAAAAAGCCAGGAUAAAAAGUGAAAGGAACAUCCUGGAGUCUCUCCUCGGGACAGUAGAACAGCACAUAAGUGCACAAGGGGACCUGACACUCCAAUAUGCAACUGCCACAAAUCCCACAGCGAUCACCCCAGAGGAAUAUUUCGACCCCGGUUUCGAUCUGGGCAACAGAGACAUCGGCCGACCGAUUGAGCUGAGCGUUCGAACACAGAAGUUUAAAGGUACCUUGUGGAUGAGUGAAGAUCAUCCGUUGUCCCUGGUGGAGCAGGUGACCCCCAUCAUUGACCUGAUGGCUCGGACCAGCUCGCACUUUGCACGGCUGCGCGACUUUGUCACGCUGAAAUUCCCCCCCGGCUUUCCGAUCAAAAUUGAGAUUCCUCUGUUUCAUGUGCUGAAUGCCAGGAUUACUUUUGGUAACGUGAAUAAAUGCAGCACUGAAGAGGAAGCCAGCGUAACACCGGCGGCCACGCCGUCAUCGGCGGGAGACGACGACGAGGCCAGAGUACUCCCGACAUUCCAGGUGUGCCCAUCGGUGUUCGCGAUACCCGACAACUACCACCGCCGAGGGGGCAGCCGUCACCCGCCAGCCUCCACCAACGACGAAGAGUUUUUGCAGUACGCGAUCCAUCAAAGUCUCCUGGAUUCUUACAUGGUCCCAGACCAGGAGGGGGUUGGGGAUGACGCACACAGCGAACACACGGACGUCAUGGUCAACAGCCAGAGUGACAGGAGCAUCCCGGAAGGGUCGCUCGUGGACUACGGCGACACCUCCAGCCCCACGAGCACCUUCUCGGCCUCGAGCCACGACUCGGAGCUCCACCUGGCCCUGGAGCUGUCGGCGCGAGCGCAAGAGCGAGAGGAGAUGCUGCGGAAGCAGGAGGAAGACGAGCUGGAGCGGAUUUUGCAGCUGUCGCUCACUGACAUGUAGGAGGAUGGAGAGGGAAUCGGAGUUGAUCCGAAAACGGCCGCCUCACCUCGAUUUACACUUCCCGUCUUCUAUGCAACAGCAGAUUUUACCUUUAACAGCCUCGUGUUGCACAGGCGAAACUCUCCUUAUCUUAACUUUUUUUUUUUUUUUUUUUAAUGAGGGUACAUGCUGAGUCUCACGUCUUCCACUUUGCUCAAUAGGCUCUGAGGUAUUGUGGGCUUUGAGUACCUUUCACUGCAGCCCUGUCAUAUCUCAAUCUUAAGGCAGCUCAUAAGAAUGUUAUCCAAAAAAAAAAAAGACUACUUCAGGUGACUCCACAGAAGUUGGCGCUCACGUUCAACUGCGAAGUGCCAGAGCAGACUUUUAUUGUCUUGGCACGGCUCUAAUCUUAAAGGGGAAAUCCAGCGCUUUGCAUGAACAAUGUAUCCGAUAGGUCAAGUCAUUUGUUCUCUAUUUUGACAGUGUGAUGUUAAAUCCUCUCUCAUUUCAUAGUGUUGAGAAGAAUUUUGUGGACAAUUACGAAUUUUCAGGGGCACUGCCAUUUUCGCGAGUCACGUGAUUUACGUACGCGGACGUGACGUGUAAGGCUCGAUUACAUUGUGCCCGGCGCUGAUUUCUCAGCUUUCUCCUCGGGAAGACGGAGGAAUACGUACAUACAGAUUUGAACCCGUGGCUGUAAAUGUUGAAUAUUCGUAUGGUUCUUCAGGCGGAAUGACGCCGGAGUCAAGACUACUCGGAGGCCAAAGCGCAGGACAAUUAUUAAGUGCGUAAACAAGGGCCCCCGGAGCUCUGAGCCGGCAGACGCGGAUGGUUCUUCGGACGGGAAUGAUGCGGAGUCUUGACGAGCGAGUUCCUGCGGCGGGCCCCGAGCCGUGCUUCGGCAUCCGAGCUUCGGCGUCUGAGCUUUGGCUAACUUCCUCCCCCGAGCUUCGGCAUCCGAGCGUCAGCUAACAGCCUCGACCAAAUGCCGAAGCUCGUCAAGACUCCUGCGUCAUUCCGCCCGAGGAACCAUCCAAAUAUUCAACAUUAUUUACAGCCACGGGUUCAAAUCUGUAUGGAAGUAUUCCUCCGUCUUCCCGAUCAACCGAUACCGCCAUUUCUUAAGAUGGGGAUAAAUCCGAGAAAUCAGCGCCGGCCACAUUGUAAUCGAGCUUUUGGUGCGGCACCUUGCACGUCACGUCUGCGUACGUAAGUCACGUGACUCGCGAAAAUGGCAGCGCCCCUGAAAAUUCGUAAUUGUCAAUUAAAAAAUCUUCUCAAAACACUCUUAAAUGAGAGAUGAUUUAACAUCACAUUGUCAAAAUAGACAACAUAUUACAUGACCUAUUGGACACAUUGGAUUUCCCCUUUAAAUCCUUUAUAGUUUGGGGGUGGGAGGGGCAAGUCAACAUUCCCACAGCGUCACUUUUCCAAGGACCGUGAAGGGUUUAACGCUACAAGCCAUUUCCGUCGGGCAACGGAAAUCUCAGGGUCAAAAGUUCUACGAAAGCUGUCGGCGGAAGUCGGUUUAAUGCUACUGGAAAAUGACGACACGGAUUUUCCUGCCGCACCGCAAAGCAAAAAGUACACGCAGGUUUCUUGUACUUUUCAGUUGGCCAGGAAGAAAAUGCUGAGCGAAGGCAAAUUUCUGCAGCGAUUUUGUAUGUUGGGGGGGUGUCUUUGUUUUUUUUUUUUUUUGUUUGUUUGUUGUUUGCUGCCAGAGCAAAUACCAGCAUCAAGCCUGAGAAAAUUAAAACAGGAGUCCGUGCAGGGGGUGCAGUCCCGCGCAAGCUGCCUGUCGCUAUUCCUGAAGUCAAGACGGCCUCGGUUGGUUCUCCUUUAGCCACAAAACAACCGCUAACCUCGUAUGCGCGCGUGGGUGCGUCCAGCCGCCUCGGCCGCAGAAAAGAUCGCUUUAUUAUUUCAGCAAUGGAAAAUUUCGAUCAGUCGCACGCGCCGUGACGUUGAAUAACCACUGUCUUUAAUAAUUUUACACUUGACCGACCGCUAACUUUUUGGACCCUCGGGAUGUGAUGGGAAAAAAAUGAGCCGUUAUGUAUCGUUUCGCCAACCUUGUUUGAAAACAAAACAAAAGGGCCAACUUCGAUUCAGUCAAAAGAAAUCUUUGUGACGAAACCAUGUGAGCUGCAGCUGUUUUCCAAAAUAAAAGCACUUUAUUUCCAUAAAUGCGACGACCGCACCUAAUUUAAGGGAAUGCGGGAAAUUGGACUUUGAAGGUACAAUUUCAUGCAGCGGAAAUGUUGCCUUUAAGUUUGUAUUUAUUGACAAAAGGGAGUUUUUAAAAAUAUGAAUUGUUAUAACUUGUGAUGUGACCAUAGUAUAUGAUAUGAUGUAUGCCGUUGAUAUACAAGAAACUGAAAUGCCUGAGGAAAAACAAGUCAUUCGAGACGGGGGGUAUGAUUUUUUUUUAGAGGUGUUGCUCACUUAAUGUGCACCAGUGAGAAAUAAUUUGACACCACCUCUAAGUCACGCCUUCUGUCUCUUGGUUGUUUUUCUUUGGGCAUUGUGGUUUAUAAAAUUAGAGGUACAAGAUGGGGCCGGAAAUGGUUAUUUUAUUUUAUAGAUCAUAUUUUUAAAUUGGCAGCACGGAUCAGCCGGUAACAGCGUUGGCCUCACAGUUCUGAGGUCCCGGGUUCAAUCCCGGAACCCGCCUGUGUGGAGUUUGCAUAUUCCAUGUCCCGUGCCUGCGUGGGUUUCCUCCUGGCAGUCCGCUUUCCUCCCACAUCCCAAAAACAUGCAACAUGAAUUGGACACUAAAUUGCCCCAAGGUGUGAUUGUUUUGUGAGUGCGGCUUGUUUGUCUCUAUGUGCCCUGCGAUUGGGUGGCAACCAGUUCAGGCUGUGCCUCACCUCCUGCCCGUUGACAGCGGAGAUAAGCUCCGGCACUCUCCACGACCCUUGUGAGGAUAAGCGGCAAAUCAAAUGGAAGGUAAAUAAAGGUUUUUUUUAAUUGUAAAUCCCCUUUAAAUUGUUGACUUUUUUCCCUGAUGGCGCAGAAUUGCGUCGCAUCAAACUGCAGUUUUUUUUUUUUGUUUUGUUUUUAAUAUUUAUAACUGUUGGUUUUAUGAGAAACACAAAUUGCCUCAUGUGGAAAACAACCAUAACAUUUAUUUACAUUGCGAGGUCAACGAGGUGCGUCACAUCUAAUAAUAAUAAUUAUCAUUCAAAAUAAAUAAACUUAUACAACCCAAA